AUGUUCGGUUGGCUGAAGCGUCUAGUCUACGGUACCUCAGAGGCUGAAUCGGAGUCUAAGAUCUCCUCGACUGAACAACCGGUGUCAGGCUCUAGCAGCAAAAAAGCCAGGAGAAAACACGCCCGGGAGGAUAGUCGGCGACAACGCGCUCGCGAGCGCCAGCUAUCCCGUGAGUUCAAUGGCGAAGACUCGAAGUGGGUUAUGAAGGGAAGCAUGGGGCCUGGCGCGGUAUGCUAUGGCUAA